AUGCGGAGGAAGAGGAGGCCGAGGAGGACAGCCGGAGUAUGGAAGGAAAGCGGAAGAGGAGGAAGCCGGUAUGAGGCAGUAAGAGGCGGACGGCGGCGGACACGCGGUGCCGGCGGCGGAAGAGGCGGGACAGCGGAGGAAGAGGAGGAAGAGGCGGCAGCGGGGCCAGAGGAGCAAAGAAGCCGGCAGCAGGAAGUAGAGGAGGACGAUGGAGACGCGGCGGCCGCGGGGGCCGCAGGCGGAAGAGCGUGGAAGAGGAGGAAGCCGGCGGCACGCGGAGGCCGAGGAGGACGAGGAGGCGACGGCGGCACGCGGAGGAAGCGGAGGAAGAAGGAGAGACGCGGCGGGCGCGGAGGAAGAGAGGAGCGGAGGCAGAGGAGGACAGACGGAGUAAGAGGAGUCAGCACGGAGGCACCGCGGCGGCAGAGGCGGAAGCGGAGGAAAGGGCUGACGCAGGCGGCUCGCACGGCCGGGAAGAGGGAGGACAGAGGAGGGGCGAGGCUCGCGGCUUCCGCGGAGAGGGAAAAAGGAGGACGAGGCUUAGGCUAG